AUGGACUCGCUGGAGCGGACCACCGCCACUGCCGCUGCAACCACUUCAUCUUCUGGCACGCCACCGCCUUCCAGCGCCGAACUCAUGCUAGCACUUUCGCAGAUCCAACAGCUCAUCCCUUUGCUCGAUUACCGACCGGGCGGACUGACCCACUUGCUGCCUACGCUUUUGACGCCGCUCCUACCCAACGAUGCGGCUGCAGCGGAAAGCGUACAGCGCUACCGUGCGAAUGUAGAUCAUGCAUUCCGCGUCGCUGCCGAGUUGGUCGGCAGGGUCAACGACAGUGCGUCGGUGGGCAACGCGUUGAAUCUGGCAGAGACGCUGAUGCGCGAGGGCGAUGAAAAGGCGAGGUUGCUCAGGGUGAGGAAGAAGAGGAGGCUGUUUGUGGAGCAGGAAAAGGUGCUCGAGGCGAACCAUUGGGGACCACCUGUGCCAUCGCGUGUCGCUGUGGCAAGCAAGAUCGCUUCUGCGACCGAAUCCAAGCAAGAGGCAGAGCAAGCCGACCAAAAGCCGGCACAGAUCACCGCGUUCCUCCCAUCGCAAAACCCCACCAAAGUGAUGCUAUCACCAGCACAACAGAACCUCCCAUCCCCCACCCACGCCCGAGCAGUGCAGAGUUACCUCAUUGCACUCCACAGCUACCUGCAACUCACCGUGGAGAAAGGUUUGGCACCACCGACGGUUGCGCUGAAACAAGUGCGAGCGCGCAUCCUCGCCUUUGCACCGGGAGGAUUCACGCUCGAAGUGCAGGUGGCUCAGGUGAUGAAAGCCUGCAUCGAGGCCAACUUGACGUUUGUCACAAAACAGCAGGCCGAGCGCCAAGAGCUUCUCCCCCUGCUACAGAGCGUCGAUGUGGCUGCGCUCACAUUGGGUGCCGUGAACGAGUCGAUCACUUCUACCACACCAAGCGCAUACCCCAUCUUCCGUUCGCUAGCCACCGAGAUCCUCGCACACACACAUCGCGCCCUCUCACCCUCCCUCCGCAACAACGACACCCUAUCCUCAACAGACCAAGAUUCCCUCGUAUGGAUCGCGUACAAACCCAUCACAGAGACCGUCACACGGCUCAUCCUUGCCGCUGCACAGUUACAAGCCUGA